AUGUUCCCCUGGAAGAUUGCAAAAUCGGCGGAAGCCAUGUUCUCCCGCUGGGCUCUCAAGAGGGUUUGCAAAUUCUUCCUCAAGAAAAAAUUAGGACAGUUUAUUCUCGGCGAAAUUGACCUUGACCAGCUCGAUGUUCAACUUUCUCAAGGUACCAUUCAGCUCACCGAUCUCGCUCUCAAUCUCGACUUCAUCAACGCCAAGCUCGGUAAAACAUCAUCUAUAAUGGUAAAGGAAGGGUCAAUUGGAUAUCUUUUGGUUAAAAUGCCUUGGAGUGGUAAAGGUUGUGAGGUUGAAGUGAACGAGCUUGAACUCGUUGUUUCUCCCUGCGUAAAUAGAACCUCGACCACUGAAGAUGAAGCUUGUGGUUCUUCUAAUGUUGAUAAAGAUAAUUGUGAAAUCAAAUAUAGCUCAAAUAGGGCUAAUGAAACAGGAGAUGAUGCUAUGAAGUCAAUUUCAAUGGAUGUUCAUGAGGGUGUGAAAACUAUUGCAAAUAUGAUAAAGUGGUUGCUUACAAGUUUUCAUGUAAAAAUAACAAAUGUGAUUGUUGCGUUUGAUCCGAUUUUGGAAAAUGAUGAAGGAAGGGAAAUAGAUUGUCAUGGUACUUUAGUUCUUCGGGUUUCUGAAAUACAAUGUGGGACUAGUUUGUCUGAAGAUAAUGAGUCUAAGGUUGAUCUCCUUGGAAUAAGCCGGUUAACAAACUUUGUGAAGUUUGAUGGGGCGGUACUUGAGAUUCUCAAAAUAGAUAAUGAGAAGAACGAGUUACUGGGUCAACAUGUGUCGGAAGCAGGAUGUGGUGAAGCUGGUUUGGGGUCAACUAGAUCCACGUGUCCGGUCUUGACUGGGAAACAAGGUGGAUUUGGUGGAAAUAUAAAAUUAAGUAUUCCUUGGAAGAAUGGUUCCUUGGACAUUUGCAAGGUGGAUGCAGAUGUUUAUGUUGAUCCCGUAGUGUUAAGAUUUCAGCCUGGCUCAAUUGAGUGGCUAUUGAAAUCAUGGGAAACUCUUAAAAAUUUGAAUAUGGAUGCCAAUUGCAAGAAUCACGACUUAAGAGGGCCUUCACAUUUAAAUUCCGCGCUGUUGAAUCCUUCAUCAACUUUAGUUUCUAUUGCCAAUGUCACCGGUGAAAUGAUAACUGGCCAUGGUAGUUUACGUGCCGAUUGUGCCUCCUUGACUCAACCAGAAGAUCCAGAAUCCCCUGAAGCUCUGCUUCCUUCUGCUAAUCUUAUUUCAGACUGGGUGCCAUUUUCUACUCAUAUGGAUCUUAAAGAUGGUUUUCAAGAACCUGAUUUUGGGGCAAGCGUGGACCAGUUUUUUGAAUGUUUUGAUGGAAUGAGAAAUUCUCAAUCUGCUUUAGGGAGUAGUGGAAUGUGGAACUGGACAUGUUCGGUUUUCAAUGCUAUUACCGCUACAUCCAGCCUUGCUUCUGGAUCUUUGCAUAUUCCCUCUGAACAGCAUCACAUGGAAACCAAUCUCAGGGCUACUUUUUCAGGAGUAUCUGUUGUUUUAUCCUUCUGUGAUGAUGAACAGAGCUGUUUUUAUAAGUCUAAAAUUGGUAAUACAGUUGGGUCACAGAUUGAUUAUCUUGGUGCAGAGUGCAAUGAAAUUGUUGUUGCCUUGAAGGUAUGUCCUCAAAUAAUGACUUUUGAUGGGACAGUGAAGCAUGUAGAAGUUGCUAAUUUUUUGAACAUUGGAAGUGAUGCUGAAAAUCAGAGUGCUUUGGUUGGACAGUUACAAACUAAGGUCCUUGAUGCUCUCCCUUUGUCUACCUCUUACAAUCUAUAUUCAGAUUCAUUAAUUGGGCCAGUUGCAACAGACUUUCCAUUUGGAAAUAAGGAUUUCUUACUGAAAGUUACAUUGUUUAAAACUUCUGGUGUCACCAAUUGCAAAUUUACAGUGCAAUCAAGUUCUUCAGAUGGUUGUGUGACUGGGAUGACAUCAUUCUCACUGAACCUGCCCCCUUUUACUUUCUGGGUAAUAUUUUCUGUGAUAAAUGUGCUCACUAACCUGCUAAAGGAAAUUGGAAAAUCACUUGACGUGCAUAAUAAAGCCGAAGAGAUUUUUUCUGAAACCUCAGAUGAAAAGUGUGGAUCAUCUCAAAAUGACACAAAGCGAAGUUUCAGUCCCUGUGCGACAUCCUUCUCCAAUACAGAAUGCUUGCAUGGUGAUAUAUCAAUUUCUAGUGCAAGAGUAAUACUGUGUUUUCCUUUUGAUAAGGCUGGAGAUCGCGCUGCUUCAUUUUCCUGGGAAAAGUUAAUUGCUCUUGAUUUUAGUUCAUUGUCCCCUUUGAACAAGGGUUGCACCUCAGAUGGUAGCCAAACUUCAAGUGCAAGUUCAAAGAAAAGAUUUCCGUCUGUAGCAGCACAAUCUCUUCAGUUGAAUUUUUGUGAUCUAGAUGUAUACUUGAUCACAUCAACAAGUAGCGACAGUGGUAGAAUAAUCUCCAAUGAUGUGAAGAAUGAGAAAUUUUAUGGCAGCUGUUUUCUUUCCAUCCCUCGUAGAAGAGGGAGUUUCUCUGUUUUUCGGGUGGUUUGGCAGGAGGGUCAAGUGACUGGUCCUUGGAUUGCUAAGAAAGCUAGAUUAUUUGUUAAUUCAGAGCAAUCAAAGGGAAAAGAUGAUAUUGCCGGAAGAGGGUAUGAAUAUGCGUCUGCUUCAACGGUGAAAGAUUUGGAAGAUUGGAAGUCUCAAACUCAACAAGAGAUGAUUCUAAGCUCGUCAAUUCUCAUGCAUGUCCAUCUAUCUCAAGUUGUUAUUAAGGUGAAUGAUUCUCUAUAUAAAAGCAUAUACGAACUUUUACUUCAGAUGCUAAAUGCAACGGCAUGUGAGACUUCUCAGGAAGCCAAUGUGGAUAAAAAUUCUCCAGUCUCACAAUCAUCGGUAUUUUUAGAAUGUGAUUCUGUAGAAAUUCUUAUUAGUAGGGAUACAUCUGAGAGUAUCGAAAGCUCAAUCAAGAGUGAGCUUCCUGGACAAUGGCAUCAAUUCAAGCUGAAGGUUCAAAGGUUUGAGUUGCUAUCUGUUAGUAAUACAGGUGGUGUUAAGGCUGCGAGUUUCUUCCGACUAACCCAUGGCGAAGGCAAGUUGUAUGGGUCUGUUACUGGAGUUCCUGAUCAUGAGUUUCUUCUGAUUACUUGCAACAACUCCUCUGUGAAGCGAGGUAAUGGGGGAGGUUCUAAUGCAUUAUCCUCUAGAUGUGCUGGUUCUGAGAUCAUAUAUCUAUCUGACCCAGAGAUUUCUCAUAAAAUUACAUCUAUUGCUAUCAGCUGUUGCACAAUUAUUGCUGUAGGCGGUCGUGUGGAUUGGUUUGUUGUAAUAUCAUCCUUUUUCAGUUUGCCUGCUUCUAAUACUAAAGAUGCAGAUGAUACUAGUAUUUCAAAGAGGGAACAAGAUAUCUCUUACACGACUUGUUUUGUUCUCAGCUUGAUUGACAUUGCUUUGAGUUAUGAGCCCUUUAUGAAAAAUCUUGCUGGUCAGAGUGAGGUCCCUAAUUCCGUGUCUGGCUUUUCUUGCAUCAAAGAAGAUAUGGGGGAACAGUGUGUUUCUUGUCUGUUGGCUGCAUCCAGCUUGACUCUUUCAAGUUCAUCUAUGACAGACUCAGUUGAAAGUGUUUUUCAAAUUAGAGUGCAAGACCUGGGGCUUUUGCUUCAUUUAGUUUCAAAGCUUAAUUCUCUUCUGGACACUUAUAGUGUAGAGCAUCUUCAAAAGUCCGGGUAUGUUAAAGUUGCUCAGGAAGCUUUUCUGGAGGCAAUUUUGAAAACCAACUGUGCUUGUGGUCUUCUUUGGGAACUAAAAUUAUCUAAAUCUCACCUUAAUGUGGAAACUUGCUAUGAUACAACUGCUGCUCUGAUUCGUUUGGCUGCUCAACUUCAGCUAUUAUUUGCCCCUGAUGUCGAGGAGUCCAUUGUGCAUUUGCAGAAUAGAUGGGAUAAUGUUCAACAGGCACAGCAGAUCGAUGGAUUUAAUAAUGAAAACAAGCCUCUCAGACAUGACACAGCGACUUCAACGUCUGAGCAGUGCUCUCCAAAAACAUAUUCAAAGGAUGGAGCUAGUAUAGCUGGCUUGAUGGAUGAAAUAUGUGAAGAUGCAUUUCAAGUAAAUGACAAUAAUGCAUGGCAAUCAUAUUCUUUUGAAUCGGGAUUUUACAUUCCACACGAUAGAAACGGCUUAGUUGAGGUUGGUAAGUUGAAUUUGGAUGAACCUGAAGUUCUCUCUCCUGAACCUGUAUUAGGACCAGAAGGUAGUCACACUUCAUUUCUGCAAGACGGAUGCUUUCCAAAGAUUAUAGAAAGCUAUUGUUUGUCUGACUUACGCCCUCUCUCAGAGCUAUCUAUAGAUAUACAUUCUAAAGAGCUUUCUAAAAUCAAGCUGAGGAAUGUGUCACAUCGAGAGAUUGAAAGAGGAAGUGGUGGAUGGUAUGAAGGCAACUCUUCAAAAGUAUUAGAAAAUCACAUUUCAGAGGAAAAUGUAAAAACUGGACCAGUGAAGGCCGCACAUCAUGGCCUACUUCAUUCUAAUGAUUUCCCACCCCACAGCGAGAAUUGUGGACGCGUAAUUUUAAAAAAUCUUGAUAUAAGAUGGAAAAUGUAUGGCGGUUCUGACUUGGUUGAUUCGGGGAAAAAUGGACAACAUUCUGGGAGGAACACGUCUGUUUGCUUGGAGCUUGCACUGUCUGGGAUGAAAUUUCAGUAUGAUACAUUUCCAGUUGGUGGACUACAUGUAUCUAAGAUGUCUUUGUCAGUUCAAGAUUUUUUUCUGUAUGACAGAAGCCAAAAUGCACCUUGGAUACUGGUGCUAGGGUAUUAUUACUCAAAGGGCCAUCCUAGGGAAUCUUAUUCAAAAGCAUUUAAGUUGGACUUGGAGGUAGUAAGACCAGAUCCUCUAACUCCCCUUGAGGAGUACAGGUUAAAUGUUGCUUUUCUACCUAUGCUAUUACAUCUACAUCAGUGCCAGCUCAAUUUUCUUGUUGAUUUCUUUGGAAGGAAAAACCCAUUAAAUGACCACUUUCCUAAUAAUUGUCAUGAUUCGGAGGGUUCAAAAUCAUUUACUGAGAAAAGUAAAGAUCAUGCAUGCCAUUCAAUCACACAAGAGGCAUUGCUUCCUUACUUCCAGAAACUAGAUAUACGGUCUAUUAUUGUUCGCGUGGAUUACAGUCCUAAUCAUGUAGACCUAGCAGCAUUAAGGUGUGGGAAAUAUGUAGAACUUGUAAAUCUUAUCCCUUGGAAGGGUGUCGAGCUUAACCUGAAACAUGUUCAUGCUUCUGGCAUCUAUGGUUGGAACAGUGUUGGCGAAACAGCUUUAGGGGAGUGGCUGGAAGAUAUAUCUCAGAAUCAGAUUCAUAAAAUACUGCGGGGGCUUCCCACUGUACGAUCAUUAAUUGCAGUUGGGACUGGUGCUGCUAAGCUGAUUUCGUCACCAGUAGAGAACUACAAGAAGGAGCGGAGAGUGAUCAAAGGUUUGCAGAGAGGUACAAUUGCAUUUCUUAGAAGCAUUUCGCUUGAAGCUGUUGCACUUGGAGUUCAUCUAGCUGCUGGAGCACACGACUUUCUUGUCCAAGCAGAAUAUAGUCUUUCAAGCAUACCACCUUCAGUUGCUUUGCCUGUAAAUGAUAAAUCAAAGACUGGCGUUCGAUCUAAUCAACCUAAGGACGCCCAACAAGGAAUUCAACAGGCUUGUGAGAGUCUCAGUGAUGGCCUGGGUAAAUCUGCUUCGGUGUUAGUUCAGAACCCUUUGAAAAAGUUCCAGCGCGGUUCAGGUGCAGGACCUGCCUUGGCUUCUGCUGUUCGAGCAGUUCCUGCAGCUGCCAUAGCUCCUGCUUCGGCCUGUGCAAGUGCUGUACACUAUGCUCUUCUUGGAUUUAGAAAUAGCCUUGAUCCCGAACGCAAAAAGGAGUCCAUGGAGAAAUAUUGUCCAACACAACCCUGGGAAGAAGACUGA